AUGGCGGCAAAUCACCACCACCACAUGACAAAUAAUAUGGCUAGCACGCAUAGUUUACACUCUUCAAACGUUGUGGGCGUACACUAUAGAGUUGGGAAGAAAAUCGGUGAGGGAAGUUUUGGCGUCAUCUUUGAAGGGACAAAUCUGCUAAAUAAUCAACAAGUUGCCAUAAAAUUCGAACCACGAAAAAGUGAUGCACCUCAACUCCGAGACGAAUACAGAACAUAUAAAAUUUUGGCUGGCUCACCGGGUAUACCGACUGUAUACUAUUUCGGCCAAGAAGGAUUACACAAUAUACUAGUCAUUGAUCUUCUUGGUCCAAGCUUAGAAGAUUUGUUUGAUAUGUGCGGAAGAAAAUUUGGUAUUAAAACAGUGGUUAUGGUAGCAAAGCAAAUGCUUACACGGGUACAAACCAUCCAUGAGAAGAAUCUCAUCUACCGUGAUAUCAAACCAGAUAACUUUUUGAUUGGUCGUCCGGGGACGAAAGCUGCCAACGUAAUUCAUGUUGUCGAUUUUGGCAUGGCCAAGCAAUAUCGAGACCCAAAAACAAAACAACAUAUUCCAUAUCGAGAAAGAAAAAGUCUAAGUGGAACUGCUAGGUACAUGAGUAUCAAUACACAUUUAGGAAGAGGCAAGUCAUUAAUUUGUACGAAGCAAUCGAGACGUGACGAUUUAGAAGCUCUUGGCCAUGUGUUUAUGUAUUUUUUAAGAGGUGGCCUACCAUGGCAAGGACUUAAGGCAGCCACAAAUAAGCAAAAAUAUGAAAAAAUUGGUGAAAAAAAGCAAUCAACGCCAAUCAAAGAAUUAUGUGAAGGUUUCCCAGAACUUUUCACUAAAGUCUUAAAGAAUUCUAAUGAAGUAGAAGAUGGUGUUUAUGAUUGGAUGCUAUUAAAUAAUGGCAAAGGAUGGGAGGCAGGCUCGCGGAAAGAUGACGGUAUUCUUAAUCCUGAAACUAACACCCACGUAACACUUCAUGGUACCUCCUCUCAGCCAUAUAGUACGAGCGCAGGAAUCCAUCAAUCUUCUCACCUUCACGUUCAUCAUGGGUCAUCUGAUCCACGCCUUCAUCGUUCAUCACUUAAUCGUGGUCCUUCCAUGAACCGUAGUCAACAACAAACUCCACCUUCACCUGCAUUGGUUCAUACUAACUCUAAAGCACAACGAGGGACAGGAAAGGCGCACAAACAUAACAGUGCAGUUUUGAAUUCUGGGGUCGACGAUUUGAAUAAUCCGUACUCUGGUCGUGCUGGUAUGAACGGAGGUAACGGUGGAAACGUCAAUGGUAUCCAAGGAAAUAAUGGUGCUGAUUCAAACUCUCACCGAAGGCGAGGAAUUUGGCAAAAGUUCAUCGGAGUUAUUACAUGUA